UCCCAUCUUCACCUUCCAAAUUCUGUUUCCUUUUCGACUAUUUUCCUAUUCUGGUUCAUUAUCUUGUUCAAAUUGAAGCUACACACAUGGAGCAAGCCACCAAAUACGGUGGUUGAGAAACGCGGGAGGGUGAGAUAAGAAUCUUCCAUAAACUCUAUGAGACCCCGUCACGUCGACAUUUGCCUCCUUUGUUUUCCACCACGCCCCCUCCACUUGAUUCCAUAUUUCAAAAUUGGAACAAGGAACAUGGAUUAAAAUAUUCUCGACUGUGAAAUAGAGAGAGAGAGAAAGAGGGGUUUGUUUCCUUUUUCUUUCUCGGUGGUGGAAUUAGACCCAUCUAUCUCCUUUUACUUUAUAAAUCAUUCUUUUAGUGGCUUUCGGAGGAAGUAAUCGUUGAUAGGGGAAACAAACACAGACGGCGGGGAUUGAGAUUUGAGAAAUUCCGGUCCAUUCUUCUUGCCCAUUCUUUCCUAUUAAUACCCAGUUUCUGAUUCUUCUUCUUUUUCCGUUUUUGGGUUUUAUUCUUUUCAAUGGUUUGCAUGAUGGGUUUUCGAGUUUUUGGGUUUUGAGUGGGGCGUCGAAGAGGGGUGGAGGGCUUUUGAGGUAAAAGCUAGUUUGGGGGCGGAGGAAUGACUUGGAGGAGAGUGUUGAAGUCCGUGCAGGCACUUUUGGCCCACGGUUCACUCUUCUGUUUCACGCUCUUGCUCGUUCUCAAGCUCGAUCAUUUCGUCUCCCACAGUUGGUGGGUUAUUUUUUUCCCACUUUGGGUAUUUCAUGUCGUUGUUGCUCGGGGAAGGUUCUCAUUACCUGCCCCAUCUCUUCCUCAUAAUCGCCAUUGGGCACCGUGCCAUGCCGUUGUCUCCACGCCUUUGCUUGUAACAUUUGAAUUACUUCUUUGUAUAUACCUCGAGAGCCUGUCUGUUUAUGGUUUUCCUGCUGUGAAUUUGAAGAUUGUCUUUCUACCGUUGCUGGCUUUUGAAAUCAUCAUUUUAAUAGAUAAUUUCAGAAUGUGUAGAUCACUAAUGCCUGGUGACGACGAAAGCAUGAGCGAUGAGGCAAUAUGGGAAACUCUUCCUCACUUUUGGGUUGCUAUUUCAAUGGUCUUCUUCGUUGCUGCUACAGUGUUUACUCUACUGAAGCUAUGUGGGAGUGUUGGUGCUCUUGGCUGGUGGGACUUAUUUAUUAACUUUGGCAUUGCGGAGUGCUUUGCGUUUCUCGUCUGUACAAAGUGGUCUAAUCCUGUAAUUCAUAGAAAUAUUCAAACAAGAGAAACUUGUUCAUCAUCAGCCGUAGUUAGAUAUCUAGAUUGGAACAACGGUCUGAUGGUUUAUCCAGAGCAGGAUCAGCAUCAAGACAGAAUGUGUGGCCUUCAAGACAUUGGCGGCCAUAUCAUGAAAAUUCCCAUAAUUGUUUUUCAAGUCCUACUUUGCAUGUAUUUAGAGGGAACACCUGCGAGCGCAAAACAUAUACCACUUCCUGUCCUUUUCUCGCCCCUUUUUAUACUGCAAGGUGCUGCUGUUAUUUAUGCUGCAUCUAGAUUGUUAGAGAAAGUUAUACUUCUCUUAAGAGGUGGAUCAGGCACCGCCCCGCAUCUCAGUUUUUCUGCUAGAGCUCAUGCCUUCUUGGAGUUCUUUCAUCAUGGUUCGAGGCUAUUGGGAUGGUGGUCAAUUGAUGAAGGCAGUAGAGAGGAGCAGGCACGACUGUACCAUGAGGGUGCCUCAGGGUACAAUACGUUUAGUGGAUAUCCUCCCGAGAUUGUGAAGAAGAUGCCCAAGAAAGAUCUUGCCGAGGAGGUCUGGCGCCUUCAAGCUGCAUUAGGGGAGCAAACAGAAAUCACCAAAUACAGUCAGCAGGAAUAUGAAAGACUUCAAAAUGAAAAGGUGUUAUGUCGGGUUUGUUUUGAGGGGGAAAUUAGCGUGGUUCUUCUUCCAUGUAGGCAUCGUGUACUAUGCAGUACCUGCUGUGAGAAGUGUAAAAAGUGCCCAAUUUGUCGUGUCUGUAUCGAAGAACGAUUAGCGGUAUACGAUGUUUAGAUCAUCCUUAACAAAUCUGAAGGCAUUGAAGUGAAGUGGUUGUUGAUGAUGGGUAUGCGGGUAAGUGAAGAACUGGAAAUGUUGAUGGUUCAUAAUGAAUGAUUGAUAGCUGAUAAAGGAAAGCAGUUCGAUAUAGAAAAUGCAGUUCGUCUGUGCUUCAAAUGUAAAUAAUAAGUGGGAAUUAUAGUAGAAAUCUAGUCAGUUACACGUGCACUGCAUAAUUCAGGCCCUUUUUUUUAGCUUAAUUCUCCAUGUAUAGAAUUACUUUAACUUCAUUUGUAAUCCAAGUUUUUUAUGUUCGCCAAACACCAAAACCUCAUACUUCUCAUAUUUCAUGACUGAAUCUAAUUCUUUUGUCAA